AUGUUGAAAUACGCUCCAACAUUUUUAAUUUUACUGACGUUUGCAUACCAAGCUACAACGCUAAUUCCUCCAAAAUUUCAAUGGAGAACAAUAGAUUUCGCCUUUGAAGAUGGAGAAAGAGAAAGUGCAAUCAAAAGUGGCAUGUAUAUACCUAACAAUAACAUGCCAACGGGAUUAGCGAGGUGGAAGGACAAACUGUUUAUCACUAUACCGCGAUGGAAAAAAGGUGUUCCUGCAUCUCUUAAUUAUGUAUACCUGAACGGCAGUCAGCAAGAGCCUCUGCAUCCUUACCCAAAUUGGGAGGAAGGUGCAGGAAAUUGUCGCUUAACCUCAAACAGAACCGUAGUUUCAACAUUCAGGGUGCAUGUGGAUAAAUGUGAUCGGCUCUGGGUGGUGGAUAAUGGAGUUUGUGAUAUGUCAGAAACGGCUGAACAAGUCGCACCGCCAUCUAUUCUGGUCUUCGAUUUAAAUACAGACAUGCUGUUGGCAAAAUAUGAAUUUAGUGAUGACGUCUUAAGAGACACUUCUGUAUUAACCAGUAUUGUCGUUGAAAUACCAGCUUGUAAGAACGCUAACUGUUCGAAUGCAUUUGCAUAUAUAACAGACAUGGGUUCCAACGCAGUUAUUGUUUAUGAUUUCGCGAACAACGAUUCUUGGAGGGUGGAAAACCAUUAUUUCCAUUUUGAUCCUCAUGCAGGAGUAUAUAAAGUUGGUGGUAUUGACUUUUACUGGCGCGAUGGAGUGUCAGCUGCUGCGUUGACGCCGCCGAAGAAAGGCGGUUUUUGCGAUCUGUAUCUUCAUCCCACUUCAAGCACGAAAUUAUUUAAGAUGUCUACCAAGCUGCUAAGAAAUAAAACCGCCUCUAGUGAUGAUAUAUUAAAUGGAGUAGAGGUCGUUGGUGAUAGAGGGCCAAAGUCACAAGCUACUGCAUGCGACAUCGAUCCGAAAACUAACAUUUUGUUUUACACACAGGUCUGCAAAAAUGGUUUAGGUUGUUGGAACAUCGACAAGCCAUUUUCAAUUGAAAACUCCCCGGUGAUAUUCAGCGACUGUAAUUUAUUGGAAUUUCCUAAUGAUGUUAAAGUGGACAACGAGGGCAAUGUUUGGAUGUUAAGCGAUAGGCAGUCACGGUUUCUAUAUGAAGGCAUGGAUUAUGAAGACAUUAAUUUCAGAGUACUAUCUGCGCCUUCUAAUUUGCUUGUACAGGACACAGCUUGCGCCAAGAAACGGUAA